CGCCAACAGGAAUGUACGAGGGUACUCUGUAUCUAUGUAGAGAGUCGGCGACUUCGAACUCCCAAAUUUUUGAACUUUUCACCACGGCCCCUUCACCAAACGCGCAUUCUUCUGGACGCUUUUCCUGCGACGGAUGGGCGCCGACGAACACCAUCACGAAUUACGAUGAUACGACAGUAGUAACACGACCGCGUCUAUAAUACCAGAAGCCCGCAGGAGGACCGGCCCAAGCUGUCGGGAAAGCCCUUCGGCGCUUGAGCGCGUGACCAACAUUUCCGCGACAUUUCCCCUUCUCUUGCGACAAGAUUCUUCAAUUGAGCCACAGACAUGGAUCAGGCAGACAUCCCCGCGCUCCUGGCGCGCCUCGCCAGCGACGAAGAUGCUGCACGGAAAAUGGCUGUCUUCAAACUACAAUCCUCCAUCAACGAUCCCGCCUUCGCAGACGUCUUCAUAUCUUCGGGCGGACUGAUCAUAUUGCGCCGGUUGAUCAUGGGUACGGGAGGCAAUACUCUUGCCUACUCUCUACAGAGCCUGACAAGACUGCUGGAAGUGGACAUGGGCUGGGAUAUCUUCGAGGGCCCCACCGCGGGCGACCUGGUCGAGCGUAUCGUCGAACUCAUUGUAACAAAUCCACUGGUCAACAUCCUGCGAGGCGCCAUGUCCAUAUUGGUCGCUCUGGUAAGCCACUCGCAGUCUACACCCGCUGGCCAAAGUCGGAUACCUGGCACCUUUGGCUUCCGAGCCUUGAAGCCUGCCGUUGCCGUGUACCCCCAGUUCUUCGACUUGGUCAUACAACAGCUGCAGUCGGCGGAUCACGCACUCUGCGCCAAUGCACUCAUGCUCAUAAACGCCUUGAUCAGAGACGCCGUGUCCAACGAGGUCGCCUCCUCUACCAACAGUAAGCCCAACGGCGCCGGAGAAGAAUGGCCCAAGUUCAUCAAGCGACUACAAGACCUGGGCCUCAUCAAGGCCGUCUAUAAUCUGAUGCAGAGUUCGGCUUUGCAAGAUCUUGCGCAUCCGUUACAGGAGUUUCAGAGCCUCACGAAGGUGCUACUACGGAAGUGGAGAGAGGUACGGGUAGAUCUCGAGCGUCCGGAGCACAGAAGGGCCCUCAAGGGACUACAUCUAGCAAGCGCGCCGAGCAAGGACCAUGCGAACGGGACAACAAAAGCCGAGGAUGGACAAGGGGUCAGCAAGAAGACGAGCAAGAGGCACAACCCGGAAAAGUGGCGUAGGCUGGGAUUCGAGACCGAAAGCCCUGCUGCAGAAUUCCAAGAUGCAGGCUUCCUCGGCAUGAUGGAUUUGAUGGACUAUGUCAGAAAGACCGAGGAUGGAUUCCAAAAGCUACUGCUCGAGCAGUCCUCGAGGCCGCUAGCGGAGCGAUGUCCCGUAGCCAGGGCCAGUCUGGCUGUCACUUUGAUUCUAUACGACCAGUUCGACUGCGACAAGACCGAAAUGGAGGAUCUCAGGGGUUACCAACUAUCAGAUGGGAAGCAGCAGGAUAAGCUCUUUCGCCCUCUGCUGCUACAGUGGUCUAGACUACAUACCGCCGGAUUGGUCUCUUUCUUUCGGCUAUGGAAAGCCACUGGUGCCGAGCAGAAUGACUUGGACAAGGUAGCUGAGCUCGUGCGCAUACUAGUCGACCAGGUGAUAGGUAGGGCCACCCGUACGAAGGAUGUCGCUGAAGUGGAGGAAGACCUACUCGAGUACGACUGUGCACGGUUGCGCGAGAUCCAAAUGGAACUUCUCGAGCUGUCAUUCGAGGACAAUUGGGGUCAACACUUAUAUCAAGUCAGAGACGAUCUGAGAAAGGAGUCGCUGUCCUUCGUCAAGGAACAGCGAAUCCGAUGCCUGCUAGCGGGAGCAUGGUUCUCGAAAGCGACACCGCGAAAAGAAGGCGAAUCCUCUCAAACCUCUCUGAGCCGCAGGCAUCCAAACGGUACUUUGUGGCGCUUUGCGAAGCUAUCACAUAACCGGCGGUACUUGCACUACGCAGAUUUCGCCUUCAAGGCAGUAAACCAAGAUCCAGGUCUCGAUGCGUUGCACGAAAAGGUCGAUCUUAGCAAAGUCAGUUCUGUUGUUUCGAAUGUGUCAGUCUCCAGCGAAGACGCCAAGACUGAAGCAGAAAACAUGACUCUCGGCGCCGCUGGCCACACGAAUUCCAAGUCAAGCACAAAGAUAACCAUUUUCAGCUUCACGAGCCUGGAGGAAGCGGCGAAGCCCGACGGCGACGGAAAUGAACAGCCUGUCCUCACCCUACAUCCGUUGAACCAUAGUGUGGCUUCGGAGUGGCUGGAUGGCUUGUUGAUGCUUCUCGAUCAGAAGCCAAUAACUGCAGAGACUAAUAAGCUUGUGUCCCUUGUCGGAGAUUAUGGGCUGAAGAUCAGGUUGCUGAACGUGCGGAUGGAGGCAGCAUACCAGGGACCGCCGGCCGGAGCUGGUGUUGUGCCAAGCCGGGAAGGCUUGGAUGAUGAUUAUUGGUACGAAGUUUGAGAUGGCGAUCUGCGCGCUCUCAUGUGGAAAGAUAAUACCUGUUUUAAAUACGUGUGCGUGAGCGUUUAGAUAUACCCCGAUGCGCAUGGAGGGCUCUGUAACCAAGUUUGAAUGGAGCAAAUCUACGUAUGCCUGCCCUCGACAGAUGAUAAUUUAUGCUGGUCAAGCAAUAUGUCAAUAGUAUGGAGUAGUGUCUGGGAAAGUCAGCGUGUGGGGGGUGUGUCCUGUUCCUAGUCAGUUCC